CACCAUCCACUCCCACAUCCACACGCUGCUUCCCGCUGAGCUGUCACUGGAAACGCCGCUCCACGCUGCGCCAGCUCUGCGCGUCCAGCUGCGCUCACAUCUGAUCCGGGACCGGAGCCUUUAGAAGCCGGUACAGAACCGACCGGAGACCACGAACCGGGAGUAAAACAGAGAAACAUGGCUUCUGACGAUAACGAGAUCUCUGGACUGUCCGAUGACCAACUCCAAAUACUGGAGGACAAUUUCAGGAUCAACAGACAUCCAGAGGGGACGAGCCUCAUGCUGAUCGCUGCUGAGGUCGGAGUGUCGGAGGAGGGCGUACAGAGAUGGUUCAAGCUGCGCAUGGCAAAGUGGAGGAAGGAGCAGGGUCUACCACCAGCAAUUGGAUCAGUGUUGGACUGAGAUUUUCUGACCUCCUUCUGAUGCACAAACUCUUCUUAGCCGACCUUCUUCCUCCUCAACGGGCUGACCUACCUUUUCUCUUCGCCUCACCAUAUGUCCAUCCCUCCUGUUUGUAUCUAUGAAGCUCCUUUGUCUUUGCAGAAUAUGAAGUUGUUGGUGUAUCAUUGUAACUGCCUUGUUUACAUAAAUAAACAUGAUGCUAUUGUAAGUGGAAGGAAUUUGCUUUUACAUUUGACAGGAUGCAGCAGGAUUAUACAAUGGAGGGAGGAUGGAGUGCUUGCUUUUGUUUUUUAGUUGGUCUCAGCAGUAAAAAGAUGUAAGAGAAUCACUGCUUUACAAUACAUAUGAAACAUAUGUGGUUUAAUCUGGAAUGUUACCAUGGAGACGGUGAGGGAAACAAUGGGUUAAACCAGUGCAGGUGAUGUAAUUUGUUCCCUUUAUUCCCAAAAGCUAGCGUCUGUGUCUUAAUGUUGCACUCCUUCCUCACAUUUGUGAUGUUUUGAUUCCUUUUUUAUUGCUCUUUUAUGUUUUUAUUUUUGUACAGUACUUCGGUCAACUGCUAUGUUGUAUUUUAAGUGCUUUAGAAAUAAAGUGACAUGGUGUAGAAAAGUCUGAA